GUUUUGGUUUGUUUGGUUCUCAGAUUCUGUAUUAUCGGUGGACGUAUUUCAUGGCGCGGAUGUCAUCAUAAAUUGGGUUACUUUGAGCGGAGUUUUUAUUUUCACAACUGUCAGGCAGAUAAUCAUCUUAGGACACAACGCUUGACUGGGCUGUCGUGCUCUGAUGAGGCCAUCAGUGGGACUUUCCGGAUACGUCAGAACGAGCUUCCGACUAGUUAACGCUAGCUACUGCCGCCGCGUUCAUGUCGUUAGAUGCGGUUAACGUAACGUCGCAGCUCCGAAACAAACGCAGACAGGAGGCCAUGAAAACUCCCAGAAGCCGCCAGCAGCGCCAGGAGGUCUGAAUACAGAGGCGUGGUGGUCAGAAGCGACAGGGCGGGAUGUCAACAACUCGGCCUCUGCUCGGAAUGAGACGAGUCACCGAGCUACCGUGCCCGGAGCAGCCGGGCAACAGCCUCUCCGCGUCGGCCGGCAAGCAGCAAGCAGAGGCCUCCACGGUGGACGAGUUUACGGUUCUGGAGGACAAAGAAGAUGAGCUAAAGUGUGCCAGGCCCCGAGUAGAGCAGGUCUUUAAAGUGACGUUCACCAUUAUCGGACUGUUGGACCACACGGGACAGCCGCACGGCAGCAAAACAUCCCGACAGAUCUGGCUGCAGCUCCGAGGGAACAGAGACGACGUGUCCAAGGCGAAGGAGUACGUUCGAGGAAUGUGCGACCCGGAGCUGCAGAAAGAAGAGCGCUAUCCCACAGACAUGCACUGCAUCUUCGCCGGGGCCCGGGGCCUCUUCCUGGACAGGCUCAUACGGGACACCAGCGCCGAGGUUCUGGUGCCAGAGCCGGGCCGUUUGUGGCUGGUGGGCCGAGCUGAGCCUGUUGUGAUGGCUCAAAGCAGAGUUCAGCAGUUUGUUGCACUCUUCCAAGAGAAGAAGAGUUUGCCAAGUGACAGAGAAACAGCAGUGAAGCGAACAUUCAAGUCGUUUGUGGAGGAAAGAGACGAUAAAUACACCAUGGAGCUCCUGCUGCUGCCCAGUGCCCUGAAGGAGGAGUUACUGGGACUGGUUCACAGCCCCACCAGCACAAACACAUCUGCUCUGGUCAACCAGGUGCUGCUAAACACCAUGGCAGAGGUUGACCAGGACCGCUCCCAGAGCAGCACUCCGGUGACAGAGCUCUCCAACCGCAUCCUCGACACCAGCUUCGAGGAGAAAGGCGGUGCGGCUGCGUCUGUCUUUGGAGGCGGAAAGUCAGGGUGCGGGAUAGGUUUAGGUCAAGAGGCAGUCUUGCUCAACGGCACUCGACCCUCACACAAGCGGCGCUCGUCCGAGAGCGAGACUCGGGACACAAAGAGACAAUACUCGCUGGAGCGCAAGGAGGAGUCGCCUGAGAGAACGACAAGAGAGCGUCCUCGGGACAGGGAGGUCCGGGGGGCCGGCAGCAGCUAUAGGUCCAAGACCCCAUCUGCUUCCUCAACGUUCUCGUACUCAGGGAAAGCAAACACAGUUGCCGGUCCAAUCACACAGGAGACGGGUGAGGCGAAUCCGGACGAUGGAGAGGCCGUCAGCCCAGAAACUAACCUCCGUUGCUUGGUGAAUUUUUUCAGAACCAUGGGCUACCAGCAGGAGGUGGUGGAACGUGUCGUCAGGGCGACGGGACAGACGGAGGACACCUUUCUUAUACUGGAGAAAAUAGUUGAAGAAACCAAACUUUGUGAGCACGACUCCAAAGGAGGAGACAGAGAGAGACGAAUGAACUCUGUGCAUGCCUCCGAUACCCUCUGCUCCUCUUCCUCCUCCUCCUCAUCAUCAUCCUCGUCAACAGCUUCCCGUUUCAGGGAAAAGGAGCUGGCAGACUCUGGGAGAGCUAAGGAGAACAUAAAGCCGAGCCAGCGCGGAGGAAGCAGCAACGGGUUGGGACACAGACGGAAGUGCAGCGGCAGUGAGACGAGCACUCAGCAGGCCAUCACGAUCAAGAGAAGCUCCAGUGCUCAGGGCGGAGCAGGGAACUAUGAGGUCAUUACGAUCGACGAUGACGACGACGUCAUCCCCACUAACGGCAAAACAGCAGAUGGCCGAAUGUCUCGGAUAAUGACGAUGCCGCACCCUGACACCACCACGCCGUCUGGAUCCCGAACGGACUACCUGGCGCGAGGAGGUGGCGGAGUCCCGCAGCGGGACUUCCUGUCUCGCUGCGGGACUCAAACUUUGGGCGGAUCGGUGAAAGUGGAGAGCGUGACGGCACUGCGCAGCACACCCCAGUGGCAGAGUAAUUCCUCGCUGGCUUCAGCUCCCAGCUCAGCUCAGCCUAUCAACCGAACAGCAGCCUCUUCCUAUCAGACCAUCGGCCACAUGGGCUUUCAGGGUGGCAUGGCCCGGACCUCUCCUGCAAAUGACCCCCCGGCCCCGCCCGUGACCGGUCUGGCUCGGUUCCACCAGUCGCUGCGGACUCCAUUCACCUUGAACCUGCCUAAUGAGUCAGGAAACCCAGAUCUGAGGCACAUCAUCAUAGAUGGCAGCAACGUGGCGAUGGCUCACGGCCUUCAUCGGUUCUUCUCGUGCCGCGGCAUCGCCCUGGCUGUAGAGACCUUCUGGAGGAGAGGCCACAGGGAGAUCACGGUGUUCGUUCCACAGUGGCGUCAGAAGAGAGACCGCCUCGCUACAGAGCAACACUUUCUAAACCAGCUGGAAGACCUGCGGCUGCUGUCCUUCACCCCCUCCAGAGAAGUCUGCGGCCAGAGAAUAUCUUCACAUGACGACAGGUUCCUGCUCCACCUCGCUGAGAAAACAGACGGUAUAAUCGUCACCAACGACAACCUGCGGGACUUUGUCCACACCUCGGACACCUGGCGUCUGAUCAUUCAGGAGAGGUUGCUUCAGUUUACGUUUGUUGAGGAUCACUUCAUGAUUCCUGACGACCCGCUCGGAAAAGACGGACCGCACCUGGACGACUUCCUGCGUAAAGAUAACAGGAGGGCUCCAGUCUCUCCCCCGCCUCUCCAGCCUCCAGACUUCCAGGCCUCAUCGCAGCAGCAGCCCGUUAACGUCCAAACUUUGAGGAACGCCACCUCCCAGGCAGCCCACCCCACUGCACACUGGCCCCACUCCGGCCCACCCGAAUGGCACCCGCCCCGCCGCUCUCCCUCCCCAUCGCCUGCCGCUCCAUCCCAGCGGUCGCCGGAGGAGACGUCAGAUCUGAAGAGGAAGCUGUACGACAUCUUUCCCGACCAGAAGCAGCGGAUCGACCGCAUCCUCAGUGACAACCCGUACAUGAGAGACCUGAACGCCCUGUCAGGGCUGCUGCUGGGCUAAAUAAACUCUGAGAGUACCUCUGUCUGUCUGCGUAAGAAUAAUUUAUUUGACCGUCUUCUCCUCGUCGGGGGGAACGGAAACAGUUUUAUUUUACGGAAAGACUGAUCAUCAAAUUAGCUGCUAUCUGCAACAAAUAUUUUCUGGGAUCUUUUCUUUCGUCUUUGUUUUUUGGUUCCUAAUUGAUCAAGGUGAGCAGCACCAGCGUCUGCAGAACAACAGUGGAAACAGAUUUCCGUACUUCAUCGAGAAAAGUUCUGUGUUUGUGUGGGAAUUAAUCUCUGCAGCCGACCAACUGGACUUUCAGUGACAGCUUUCACCUCCUCACCAACUCUGAAGACACUGAGGAGUUCAUUGUCAGCUGCGGUGAACCGGAUCAGUCGUGCUGGACAGAGUUAGCAUCAAAGCAGCUCUGUGUAUGUGAAGAAUGUCCUCUUUAUGUCCUGGGAAAGCACCUGGUUUAGUUUAUAUUUAUGAGUGUUUAAGUUUACAGUUGGAAAUCAUACUUUCAUUAAACUGGCCGACCUCCUCACCUUCCCUCUAAGCAACGUUUUAAAGACCUUCAGAAAAUUCAUCCAAAUUCAGACGAGGCAACAGAAAUUCUAAAGAAAACCGGAGAUGAUUAAACCUGACCACUAGGUGGCGAUAUGGUCCAGCAACAACAUGUAAAAAAACAGCAAAUUGUUUUCUUCUCGGAACAGGACAAAUGACGAUUGUUUUUUCUACCAGACUGGUUCUAGUGCUAAACCAGAGUCGGAACCGACUCUUAACUGGUUCUCUGUUAAUAUUUGAUUCUCCUUCUGGGGUUUUGGGAGUUUUGGAGAGAGUCAUAGAGCAGUGAGAGGAUUUUCUACACCGAUUAGUCUGGCUGUUAAGCACCAUUCUGGCCUUUACACAUCAGGACAUGUUUAUAAGCGCUGUGUGGUGCUUUUAUCUUUAUUAUCAUUACGCUGCUUGUUUUGUACAGUGUCCUUGAGUGCUCUGAAAGGCACUUUAAAUAAAAUGUACGAUGGUGCCAGCAUUUGUAAGCAGUCACACUGUUCCAAGUCGGAUUCAUAAACGCCACCUUUCGAUAUUAAACAGUUUUUAUGAACAGAACUCCGAACAAGGUCUAUGAAACCACAGCUGUAGAACUAGGAGUUACAUGCACUGUUUCAAGCUGGUUUUAUGAUCACAACCUGAUUCAUAAAAAGCAAACUGAGUGUUUCUGACACCCCUCCAAACAGAGCUGUAACUCGUAUAAGUAUAAGCUGCUCAGACUGGUGCUGAAAUAGUCCGUUUGAAACAUGGAGCUGCCCCUGACCAAUGCGGGAACUUGCUCUGGUUCAGCACCAGAACGUUGGUGCAGCAGUAGAACUAGUCUGGAGUCUGCGCUGUAGAAACUGCAGGAACUGGAGCUGUGGAAGCACUGGAAUCAGUUUGGUUUGGAAAACAAUCCAGAAGCUGAAGAAAGCUGGUAAAAAUGACCCGGUUGUCAUGUCUAGUGCUCGUUGCAGGAAUGCGCAGGUAGAGGUGUAAUGCUUAUUUCAGGUACACAUAGAAUAUAAGCUAAAAGUCCUUGUAAAAAACUAUAACGGCGGUGCAGCACAAUAAUUUCUACCAAUUGGACGUAGUAUUUUCUUCAGGAUGCAGUGACACCAACCGGGGAUUGCAACCUGCUUAAAGACAUGAUGUAACAUGCCAGAUGAGAAAGAAAUAACUUCUUAUAUUUACAUGAUUCUUCACUAGUAAAAUCAUGGAAAUAUCUGAAGUUAUUCAUUUGCAGCUGAUUGAUGUUUUUUUUACAAAUGACCUCUGAGAACAUUUGGCAAGAAAGUUCACAGAAUAUAUUUUGCCAAGCACCCACAGAACCAACAACAUUUUAUGUUUUAUAAAUAUAGAAAUUAAAUGUAUUGAUAAGUCUUAGUUAUACCUCCUAAAACAUGGUUCAUUUCUGACAAAAAGAUGAAGACAGUAGAAGAGUUUGCUUCGUCUGUGGGAACAUGGUUUGGUAGCCGUACUUCCUGUUACUACAAACCAGGCUUUAAACUAAGAUUACUCCGUCAGUAUAGAAGUAGAGCAACCCAAAGAGGUAGGUGGUGCAGAAUGUAGUGACAUCUAGUGGCACAAACUACAAGUUACAGCCUCUGUGGAGCUAAUGUUGAGUUUCCAAUGUUGGGUCUCCUAUUUUUAUUCCCUUAAAAGGUGUCAGGGUUUCCAGGAAUGUGUAACAAUCUGACUCAGGUCUGGUUAUGAACUGUUCAUUGAGAGUCCGGCGCUUGAAAAUUCCCACACCGAACCAGAAUUUGCUGCUUUGAUGAUCUCUUAAGAAACUCCACGUUUGGAUGAGCGUCCCGUCACUCUUCCUACGUUCAGUUCUGAGAUGUUUGGUGAGUUAUGAACCUUGGUGAGGAAGCGACACAUGAUGGAAACAAACACUACAAUAUUUAUUUUCUGUGUACGUCUUAGACGACGUUUCUGGGGUUUUCUUGGAGAUUAUUUUCAGUUCUGAAUCACAUUUGUACCUAAAGCAAGAUGCACUGAACAUAAAGGCUGAUGUGAGCGAGCAAACAGAUAAACGUUUGACGUUUAUCUCUUAAAAACUCAGAGACAGAAUGUGGCUGCAGCUUUCAGAUCGAAUGUCCCUCCUUUACUUUUUAAAACCCUUCAUGUGUUUAAAAAGUAGAAGAUUCUGCACAGAAACCUCUGUUUCAUGUUGAGUUGUUGUAAGGCUUAUUGAAGGAUUUAGUUUCCCUGUAUUAUAAUUGUUCUGUGUAUAUUGAUAUUUUGUUGUGUAAAUAUUCAAAUCUUUGCUUACAGUGCACACAUGGUUUUAUGUAUAUGGAAAAUACAAAGUAAAUGCAUCAAAGAUU